AUGGCUCUCCCCUCAAAAUGCGAUGUGCUCGUCAUUGGCGGCGGUAAUGCCGGUUUCUGCGCAGCCAUUUCGGCGGUCCAGUCCGGCGCAAAACACGUUGCCAUUAUCGAUAAAUGUCCGGAAGAAUGGGCAGGAGGUAACUCCUACUUCACGGCGGGGGCGAUGCGUACCGUCCACGGCGGAUUGCCGGAUCUGCUUCCCAUCGUGAAUAAUGUCGAUGCGGAAACGGCGAAGAAGAUCGAUAUUAAGCCGUAUACCGUGGAUGACUUCACGGGCGACAUGAACCGUGUUACAGGGCGGCGCACGAAUCGCGAGCUCUGCCAGACACUCGUCAAUGAGUCGAACUCGGCGAUCAAGUGGCUGGCGAGUAAUGGCGUGCGAUUCCAACUCUCUUUCAACCGACAGGCGUAUGAAGUCAACGGUCGGCUCAAGUUCUGGGGUGGUCUUGCGCUGAAGACUCAAGACGGCGGCAAGGGUCUCAUUCAAGAUCACUUGCAAGCAGCCCGGAGACUGGGCAUUCAGGUCUUCUUCUCGACCGCUGCUCAGAAAUUAGUAACAGACCCGGUCUCUGGAGCCGUGACGUCUGUGGUGGUUUCGCAUCAUGGCCGCGACCAGACUAUCCGGGCUGGAGCUGUGAUUCUCGCGGCCGGUGGCUUCGAGAGUAACCCGCGCAUGCGCGCGCAGUACCUUGGACCUCACUGGGACGUAGCGCUGGUACGCGGCACGCCCUAUAACUCCGGGGAUGGAUUCGAGAUGGCGAUCCGGGAUGUCUCAGCCAAGCAGGCGGGCAACUGGUCGGGAUGUCACUGUGUGGCGUGGGAUGCUAACGCACCGGCCGAUACGGGCGACCGGGAGAUCUCCAACGAGUUCACCAAGUCCGGGUAUCCGUUGGGCAUCAUGAUCAAUCGGCAAGGGAACCGGUUCGUGGACGAGGGUUCUGAUCUGCGCAACUAUACGUAUGCGAUGAUCGGACGCCAGAUUCUCAACCAGCCUGGCCACAUGGCGUUCCAGAUCUGGGAUUCCAAGAUGAUCCCUUGGUUGCGAUCGGAGGAGUACCGGCCGGAGGUGGUGCAGCAUAUCAGCGCGGCCACGAUCAGUGAGCUGGCGGAGAAGUGCGCCGAGUUUGAUCUCGAAGAUAAGAAGCGCUUCGAGCAGACCAUCCAUGACUAUAAUAAGGCGGUUUAUGAGCGCCAGCGCAGGCAUCCGGGUGGGAAAUGGGAUCCGGCUGUCAAGGAUGGACUUACUACGCAGUCCGAGGGCUUGGAGCUGGCAGUGCCCAAGUCUAACUGGGCGCUUCCUAUUGAUCAGGGACCAUUCCUGGCGGUUCGAGUCACGGCGGGCAUCACUUUCACGUUUGGUGGACUGGCGGUUCGUCCGGAGACGGCGGCGGUGGUGUCAUCGACGACAAACCAGGAGGUGCCGGGGUUGUACUGCGCGGGCGAGAUGCUGGGAGGACUGUUUUAUGAUAACUACCCUGGAGGCAGUGGAUUGACGUCGGGAGCUGUCUUUGGACGGCGAGCUGGUCGGGCUGCGGCAGCGAGGGUGUCGAGCCGACAGGCACGGUUGUAG